CGUCGCAGGUAGGGCGCGGGACGGGGACGGACAGCGUGGAGCGGGCGGAGGCGGAGAGGAGUCGAACAGAUAGAUCGCGGGCGAGCGGCACCCACGGCCGGAAAAGGAACGUACGCGCGAUGAAAACGUACAGCAGGAAAAAGGGCGACAGCCCGAGCAACGUGAUCAUCCACGUGAACGAGCUGUGCCGGCUCUGCCUGGCGAAGGAGGAGGAGAUGGUGCCGAUCCACGACGACGAGACCGUGCCGAUGCCGCUGCGGAUACUCUCCUGCGUCAACAUCGAGGUCUACGAGCAGGAUGGCCUGCCUAACAUGAUAUGCCAUCCCUGCAAAUAUCAGCUGGAGAAGUCCUAUCAGUUCCGGAAGAAAUGCCAGGCCGCGGAUGUCAAGCUCAGAAAGCACAUGAAGUUGAUACAGCAGCUAACCGGGCAGAACGAAGAGGACGAGAGCCAGGACAGCAGGGACGAGUCAAAGGAGUCCAGUACGGGCAAGUCCAAGCAGGUCAAGCAACUGUUGGCCGAUCUGGUUGCCACCAAGGGUGACAGCGGUCAAACCGAUGGGGAUCCCAUCGAGGUGACGGAGGAGGAACUCGUCGGCGGCUACAUCUUGGGAAUGAAUUCUGAAAAUCCGGAGAUGGAGGAGAAUGAGAAUGUCUCUGAGGAUCCGGAGAACAUCACGUUGAUGCCCGCCGAAGAGCGUACGGCGAAGGCGCGGUGCACGAUAAGGACGUCACGCAUCAAGCAGGAGCAGGAGUCCGACGACGAGACGGAGGAGAUGCAGAAAAGCAGCGCCGACCACAAGAAUGUCUACAUGAUGGAGGUCACCAGCACAAAUUCUAAUCAGCCCGACUCGCUGAAGUUACAGCCUAUAGGUGACACGAUCGUCGACGCCAAUCCGGAGCUGAAGGUGUUCAAAUGCGACAAGUGUCCGAAAGCGUUCACCCGGAGGAUAAUGCUGAAGAGUCAUCAGUCGGUGCAUUCCACGCAGAGAGGAUUCACGUGUCAGGCGUGCGAGAAGUGGUUCCCGACGAGAUCCGCGUUAGUGAGACACGAGCGCACACACACAGGUGAAAAGCCGUUCGGCUGCAAUAUCUGCCACCGUGCUUUCGCGCAAAAGGAGAUUCUAUUCCGGCACUUGAUGACGCAUUCCGGCCAAAAGCCGUUCCAGUGCCAGCACUGCGAGAAGAGUUUCACGCAGCGAGAAGCGCUUAAGGUACACAUGCGCCGGCACCAGAAAUUAAAUCCGAACGAUAUUCAACUGCAUCAUUGUCAACUUUGUCCGAAAGCGUUCUGUCACGCUUCGGGUCUCAGCAGGCACUUGGUCACGCACACUGGUAGAACGUACAAGUGUGUCGAGUGCGAGAAGACCUUUACGGAUAAGAGCUCACUGCUGAGACACAGUCGUAUCCAUGCGCCCAAGAAAAUCAUUGCAAAUUGAGCAAAUGCCUUGCUCAGUUUGUUGUGAUUUUCCUGAGAUGUUUGGGUACAGAAACAAUUCUUUGAACCGAUGUCUAAGUCGGAAUUAAGCCUGCAGUAAAUAUUGUCGAUAUUAACGAAAAAAUGUAUCAAUAUAGAUUUUCAAAGAGUUUAUAUGUGGUUAUGAUUGAAAAUGAACUUAGUUGUAUAAUUAUCCUUAUAUGCAACUAGUAUAUUUAACGUUACAUUUAAGGAAUAUUAGAUGUAUGUUUAUUUUAGUCAACCUUAUAUAAAUAUCAGCAAAUUGUAUAAUUGGAGAAGUUCCCCUAAAUCCUGUAUUCAUUCGAGACGGAAUUUAAAAUUGUAAAGAAUAUAUUGACAAUUUAGAAUACGAAAUUUUGCGAACACAAGUUGUGUUUAAAUGCGACAAAUACAGCACGAUGCAAAAUGAAUAUCCGGCGUAAACAAAUAUUCAAUAUUUUGACUGCAACUUGUAUGAGAAUGAUUAAAAUAAGCCCGAUAGUUUUAAUUUCUAACAUUUUUUAAAAUUCAAAGCUAGGGUUUUGUCCUUGCGUGAUUAAAUUAGAGCAGGUAAUUUUUUUCAUAUUACGUGCAAUUUGGAUCAGGCAUGCGCUACGUAUUAAAAUUGUGACAUAGCUGAGUAUAGCGUAACAACAACAUUGAGUGCAUUAGUAUAAUUUAGUUUUCCCCUCAAGGCAACAAUGACUAAUAUAUUCUUAUAUAUAAUUUUUAUAUUCGAAAGAUCACGUAUGAUUAAUCAUGUACUUCUUUGCGACGUAGGUUUACGACUAUUCAUAAUUGAUGUAUAUAGUUCUAAAUACAAAGUUAUAUUAAUGGAA